AUGUUUUAUUUGUUUUCUUUCUCAGAAACUCGCUGCCCUAAACUUCCCAUUGUUCGGUAUGCCACUGUGACUCCUCCUUUAUGUGUCACCCAGCCAAUGAGAUUUUACUCAUCCUGCCGUUUUGUUUGUCCUGACGGCUAUUUUACGGAAGUCACUGGACCCGUAGUUUCUAGAGUUUUAACGUGUCAGCUCAAUGGUGCAUGGGAUGCUGGCGUUCCUCGAUGUCAUGGCAAGUGGCUUUUAAUUUCACACAGAGAGGAGUUCACGCUCAUAGUAGCAUCAUGGGUAAUCAGGGCAAGAUGGCGGGAAAUUUAAAGCUUUGUAUUGAAAUUCUAAGCCAGCUAUUUCUUCCUGAAUUCAUAUAUUUGAUGCUUUCUCCUUGAAAAGAGUAACUUUCGAGUUGAAAAAACAAUAUACUAAAUCUGCAGCGCAAAGACGUCAGUGAUCAGUUUUCAGAAAACCUUGAUUUUCCCAUACAUUCUCUGUAAUUCGACAAUAUCAAAAUUACAGAAAAUGUAUGGAAAAAAGUGAGGUUUUCUAAACACUGAUCACAGACUUAUUUGCACUCGAAAUUUAGUGUAUUGUUUCUUUCAACUCGUAAGUUACUCUUUUUUUAAGGAAAAGCAUCAAAUAUAUGAAUUCAAGAAGAAGCAGCUGGCUUUGAAUUCUAACACAAAUCUUCUAAUUUCCCGCCAUCUUGCCCUGAUUACCCAUGAUGCAACUAUAAGCGUGAGCUCCUCUACUCAUUUUGUCCAAGGUUUUAGUUAACAUUAGAUCGGUAAUUUUUUUAAAAAAAUGGUCUUCUAAAAUACAUAAAAUAUAAUAAAAACCAGGCGCGAUCAGGCGAAUUCGUAAUCGAUCAACAGCAACUGUAGCGAUUUUGGUUCCGCGCAAGGGAUCGGAGGAUCCCCUCACCGCGUCGUUUGUGCGAACGCUUAAGAGGGUCUCAAUGGGGUUAACCGAUAGGCGUAAAACCGCCAAAAAUUUAGCCGACAGCCGUAAAAAUUAAAAAAAUUUAACCGUUAGGCGUAAAUAGCGUAAAAAAGAGUUAACCGUAAAAGAAAGUGUUCCCUAGAUUUGCUACUUUUAAGGAAGGUACUAAACUCACUUAUGGUUGGGUUUUUUUAUUUCCCGGCUAGUGUGACUCCGUACGCACGUUAGGCGAAGCACCUUUUAGGUGUUAACCAAGACCUAGGCUCCAUUUCCGGCGCUUUCUUGGGGAACUAAUUUUUUCCAUAGCGAAAGUGAAACAACACGCAGAGAUGACACUGUUUGUAAAACACGUUGCCGAUAAACAACAUUUCCCUGUUUUUCUCGGACGCUACGGUAGACAUCGCCAUGCUUAGUCCCGGUUCGGCGUCUACCCACGCAAUCUCGGUCAAGGCUUUUCAGUGGCGAACUCGCUCGGACCACAUGACCCGAAAGGCAUCAGCCGCGCGGAAUAAUACGGCCUACGGACAAGGCAACGGCAAGACAGUGGUUCCGUACAGUCCUUCGCUAUCAUUAAAAACACUGGACACGGGAAUUUUGUUAUUGGCCGUUUUCACACUAGACCUAGAAAUGGAUCAUCCGUCUGAGACUAGCCUGUGUACAGUCGCGCCCUCCCCACAGACACCCCUUCUCCGAUUUUUUUCUGAGAGGAGGGGGCGGCUGUACACAGGCUAUCUGGAACGGAUAAUCCUGUCUUCAAAAGUUAGGCGGAUUGUUUAUUCAAAAUUAAAACUAUUCCAUUGCCAAAUUAAGACGUAUCACCUAUCUGACGCGAAUCAUCAAACGGAUAACCCGUCUCACACGAAUAAUCCUUCUCUAAUGUGAAAACGGCCAUUUCUGUUAUAAUGAAUGUCGCGCCCCGGCCUUGAGUUGGGCGUCCGCGUGUCUGCUUUUGCUUUUUCACAAAGAUUAUUUUUAAAUUGACUAUUGACAUUUCUAUGUGUAAAAUAAUAUCAAAAGUGCAAUACAUUAUAAAAAGUAUGAUCUAUCAAAUGUUAAAACUUUUCAAAAGGAUAGCUUAUUUCAUCCCGAGAUGAUCCGAAGACCUUUAUUUUGAUUUAAGGAUACAAAAAAAUACAGGUUAAUUAAUAUUUAACUUUUUGAAACAAAAAAAGUUAAUUUUUAACUUUUUCGUUAACCGUAACUGAAAAAAAUUAACCGAUAGCCGUAAAAGAGCCAAAAUUUUAGCCGAUAACCGUAAAAGCCACCACCCCAUUGAGACCCUCGCUUAACGUUCCCAUGAUCCAUUGCGCGAUUAACACCUUUAUCACUCGCAGUCGUUUUUCCUACCAAACAUUUGAGACGCCUAGAAGAGAGGCGGGUUUAACGCUUUUAUCAACCUAGGUUGUCGGAUUCCAUCUUCAUAACCUUUCGUAUCGGGAAAUUUAUAUAAUUAUCUUAUUGGACGGUUUAGUGUGUAGUGUCGUGUGAUAUUUUUACGAGUCACGCCGCAUUUAAGCGAGCCCAUAGGGUGAGUCAAAGUAUCCCACUAUACUACACCAAGAGAGAAUGAUCUAAGAGAGCGAAUCCCCCAUACAUGACCCUCUUCCCAUGAAAAUUAUUUUCUAUGUAUUCUAGUUCUUGGUUCUGUGUCAUACUUCGUGGUUAUUUUGAGGACGCCACCUUAUUGGUCGGUUAGAGUGGCGUCAUGUAAUUUUAAACUUGGCGGGUAAUUCAUUUCACUGCCGAUCACGCACAGCAAGCGAUGUGACAUGCAAACUUGGUAUUACUUUCGUCGACGAGUCAAAAGAUUUAUACGUGGAAUAAUCUGGCCAGAGUAGCUGAAGAGCAAAGCGGUCCUGGCUUUCGGGAGUUCGCCGGAGAAAGCGGUUCCGACUCGGCGAAAACUGCUUAUUGAGGUCUUCGCUACAUCAUUUAUAAACAACCAACAUCCUAUUGCAAAAAAACGACAACUGUUUCUUCCAGCGACAUCCACGCACACCCGCGAGCUGUGAUACCGUCGUUUGGAUCCAACCUUGGACACGUAACGAGAAAAUGGGUUCAAAGUGGGUUCAAACAUGAAUGUUUGGCCCCCAAACAUUGGAAUUUUGUGAGGACGCUAGACAAAUGUGGGCACACCGCUCUCUAUAAAAGAAUUGACCGAAACCGGAAACCGCCCAUCAAAACUCUCUGGUAUCCAGGUUAGCGACUGUUUAACAGCUUGAAGCAUCUGACCUGAUUUGUGUUUGCACAGCGACAUAUUCACCGCAAGUAUUAGACGUUAAGAAGAAACUCUCAAGAAUAAUUCUUAAAAGCAAACGUACUGUUUCUGAACAAAAAAAUAUUCCUGGAAAAAGAGAAAAAUAUCUUGCACAUUUGCAUAAACAAUUGAAACCAGCCACUUAUACUUAAAGGUUUCGUGUUUCGCGCGUGAUAACCUUUGCCUCUGGCUUUCACAGUGUGUCAGAAUUCAAUAUUCGUUACUUUAAAUGAGGCUACUAGCCGUUAGAAAAUCUCAAUCUUUAAUCUCAAAAUGAAAUUUUGACUCCAAUACUGCAAUCCCUUUGUAAAUGAAAUUCAUUCCUAAAUUAUGAGCAGAAAGCCCUGAUCAAAAACAUGUCAACAACAGGAGCCGAUUAGUAUCAGCUUCCUGGCGUUAAUUACUAUAAUGGCUGUCAAACUUCAAAUGUUUGGGAGCGAAACAUGUCACGUUCACGUGAAAGUAGACCGCACGGGUCACGGAAACAACAGACAAAAAUAACCUUCGCAGCACGCGCGCGAACUUUAAAUAGAUUUUAAAAAAAUUAUCAUGGGGCACAGGGAUUCGCUCUCUUAUCUCAUUCUCUCUUGACUACACACUAAACCGUCCAAUAAGAGAUUUAUUAUUCAGCUCGAAAUGUUUUAAAGUAGAACUCAAUCAAUACGUAAAACCGGAGAAUGCGUGACUGGUUAACGUGACUCCUUUGUAAGUCCAGUUUAGCGCGCUUUAUGCAACGUUGUUGCUGAUUGGUCUAAAGUGAAAACUUGUCAAACUAGUUUACUCAGCGAAUCAAAUUUUGUGGGAUUUCUCGGGUUUUCUUCGGCGAUUCGGAGUGCUAUCUUUCAAACAUUUGCUAGGAAAACAGAGACAGAAUGACAAAUAAUUGUGAGGCUAAUUGGCUAGUCUUCCAGUUCUUAUGUAAAACCGACUGCAAGAAGGUAAACGGAGCAGAGCAAAUUGCGAUGGAAAGACGAAAAAUCUCUCACGAAUUGAAGAGAGCCAUUCAUCUUCGCCGGGAUCAGUACUAGCGUUAAGUCUUUAGAGAACUUCUAGAGUCUUCCUUAUUUGUAUCUUAAUAAUAAAAGUUGUUUAUGUGUCACGGAUUGUCUCCGUCACCAUGCAUCUCAUGCACACGUUCAGGUCUGUUUUGAUCUUCUCCGUUGUAUUUUGAACUUAUAAUGUUUGUAUGUUCUGACAUUUCAUUGUGAAGGAAACUUUAUUCUAAAAACACGGUUUUAUUCAACCUUACACUUUCGGGAAACGAUGCAUUUUCUACCUUGUGUGACGUUUGUAGAAAACCAGCCGGUCAAACCGGUCUUCUAGAGUACAAAUACCGUGAGAUAUUUGUACUCGAUAAUUAACAAUUAUUCCACGAGGGCGCGUUGGAUAUGAGAUGAUAGAUAGCCAACGAGGCGCGUAGCUAUAAUCUGGCUAUAAUCAUCUCAUAUCCAACAAGUGCGAGUGGAAUAAUUGUUUUAUUAAAAACGCCCACAAAAUCUCGUUGAAUCUCCCCGACUAGAACAAACCGGAAAAGACAAGGGACUUCCGCUAUUCACAUGUCACACGUCUAUCAAAACUAUCAAUGCGCGAACGGACUCGCCUGGACUGCAUGAAUGAAAAAUCAAAACAUUGUAGCGAUGAACAUUAGUUUUUUACAAACUCAUUGGGAUUCUAGGAUUUUACACAGCAGAACAGCUUAAAAGAACCUGGCGGAUAAUGUGAAGCAAAAGAAUUUUUAAGUGACAGCCGUCGAAAUUACUGUGAAUUUGGAUUUUCGGUGCAGUUGUAAAAGUAAGAACAACGGACUGAAAAACUAUUACCUCGGUCGCUUGUUAUGAAGUUGUUUGAAGCCACAAGCUGGUUUUGCUGAACGAGAAAAGAAGCUAUACUGCCGCCUCGAUUGCUCUAGUGAAUGGCUGCAUAGCCUGUAUUUGUAGCUGGUUACUUGUGAUUUAUAUUCUUGAUGUCGGAUAAACAAGCCGCAGUUAUCUAUCGGCGAGUGACUCGAUCGGCGAAUGGCUUCGCAAUCCGUGAAGAAACAACACUUGUCUUCUUUCGUCGCUGGUCUAGGUACUUUAGUUCCAUGUGUUUUCAUGUGUUUUUCGACAAACUUUCAAACAAACUCUUGCGGCUUUUUUGUUUGUUUUUAUCUUUUUUCUUUCGAUGAAAUUGCAUUUCUAGUAUUCUAAGAAAUGAAUUAAAACGAUUUGCUUCGGGCGCCGUUCUAUCCUUCGCGAAAAAAAAAACUCAGCUAGCUUCCAAUUUUAAACUGACGCGUACACCGACCAUAUAUGGAGAGCAUGGUAUAAUUAACAGUUAAUGAAUGAGGCUGAGUAUCUUAUGAAGAAUUGUGGAGAUCGAGGAGGGUGUUAUCCGUAGAGGCCGUAGGCCAAGGCGGAUAACACCCUCCGAGAUCUCCAUAAUUCUUCAUAUGAUGCGAAAGCCGAAUUCAAUAACUGUUUUAUUAUUCAUUCAAAAUAAUUCCUAGUUUAAAAAAUAGCUAAAACAUGCUUACCUCUAUCGAUCCAUCGAUGUUCAGUUCAUCUUCGAUAGUGUACGUUUAGGUUUGUCCAGCUCCACAAAUAUUCUCUAAAUAGCAGAUGUCGCCCUUCGAGUUGUCUUGUUGCUGUUCUUGCCAUGUUUUUAGCUAUUUUUUCGCCUUGUUAUUACUCUUGAAACGAGUGAAAUGUCCGCCAUUUUUUCAAAUUCACAACCAAAACAACUCAACUUCGUCCCCAGGUCUUCUCGGUUAACGGUGCCUUAACCUACGAAAACGCUGCAUUUUGGACGUCAUUUCCUCGUUAAAGUCAAAUUUCUUCCAAAUUUGGUCAUCAGUAACUAGUUAUGGUGAAUUAAACAUGUGCUUUUAGCCAAUCAGAAUCGGGGAAAUAUUUUGAAUGAAUAAUAAUAGCUCAUUUACCAUAACGGCUAAGCCAAUCAAAAUGCUAGAACUGCAUUAUCCAAUGAUUCAGUUUUUAAUAAAAAAACAUUAUUAUAUGGCUGAGUCUGUUUUCGCCAUGUGAUUGGUAAAUUUGCGGUCCGUAACUUGCUACACGGACCAAAAUUUUUAAAGAAAAUGCUCUUUUCGGAGGGCUAAAUCUCCUUACCUCGGAAAAGAUGUUUAAAUAAAGUUAUAAGACGCCUGUCAACCUUGAGGACUUGGAUGUUGACUUUGGCCUUCAACAUUUUAAACUGUGUUUAUUUGUGAACGAAGGCGAUGAAGAAACUAACUCGUAAUCUUUCGGAAGAGGAUUCUAGUCAGUGUUUGAAAAUUUUAUCGUACCACACAGCUAAGAAGACGAAAAUCGACUGGCAGAGAUUAGAGACGUUUUGCCUAAGAGAAAAUGAGUAAUUCCUUCAACAAAUAUGAUAACAAACAUACCUGCACCCGAUCAUCUUGACAAGUUUCUUUGCCAUUUGCAGCGUUUUUUCAAAGACCAACGAAAGAAAGAUAGAAGCGAGUUCGAGCCAGACACAAUGUCCAGUUUUCAAAAGACUCCAGCGUCACAUUAACGAGUGAAUACUUACAGUGCUCUUAGUUUCCAGCGAAUAAACUUUGAAAUAUGUAUGUAAACCCUAAGGACUGGGAUGUUGACUUUGAACCUAGCUUUGUUUUAAUGAGAACGAAGUUGUUGUAGAAACUGAAUCGUAACCUUACCGAGGAAGAGAAUUGUAGUCAGUGUUUGAAAAUUUUAACGCAGAUCCUAAUUGAAGACGAGAAUGUACUGGCAGAAAGAGAGGUUUUCCCAAAAACAAUUAACGAGAGAAUCCUUCAACAAUGAUAACAAACUUACCUUGAAAAGCUUCUUUGCCUUUUGCAGAGUUUUUUUUCACGAGGACAAGCGGAGGAAAGAUGGAAACGACUUCUAGACAAAGACAGUGUCCGGUUUCCGAAAUACUCCAGUGUUACAUUCAAAAGCUAAAACUUACAGUGCUCUUAGUUUUGACCAAAUAAACUUUUUUAACAUGCCGAAUUUGUUUUUACUUUCUCGGAAAGCCUUAGUCAUGUGCUUUUGUUUUCGUGCGCCAAUAAAAACUUUCUUUUUUGACACCUGUCAAAUGAAUGUCAAAUCGUGCGUCCUGCACUUUUUUCCGGUCCCCCAAACAGGAAGAGGCCAUAUAAUAAACAUCUUAUUAGCUUCGUUUUUUCGGUACGUACUGUAAAUUAUGGAUCCUCGUUUUUUUUCAUCGACUUAUGGCCCGCGCGCUUCGCGGUUGGGCCAUAAAUCGAUGGAAAAAAACUCGGUCCGUAAUUUACAGUACGGACCGAAACCUCGGCUAAUAAGAGGUAUGUAUUCUGUCAUCGGUCAAGCGUGGAUGUCUGAGCUAAUUUUUUUAAUAUUUUGAAUACCAAUAAAUUGAAAGGGGUGCCUUUUUCAGCCUUCAAAUAUAUAAAAGGGUAGGGAUUUCACUGGUUGAGGUAUACGGAAGGGUAGUCAUUUGAUCUGUUACCUGACCAAGAGGGCUAACACUUUCUGCUUGUGAAAAAAACAGGGGCACCCAACGACCUUUGUUUCCUAAAAUAAAAUACAUUAAAAACACUUUUUAGGCUAACCAGAGUACUUUUAGAUUUCUAGAAAUGCAUUCUAAGAGACGCUACAAAAUUUGUACCUGUACGAUCAUCCUAGAGGAACUUGAGUCUUUUCCAAAUUACAAGGGCUAAUUAAGUAUUAUUUUCCCGAAAAAUAACGCGCUACGAAAGAAAGAAUUUUUUUGGUUCCUCUCUCCAUCACAUUUUUUGAGCCCGAAAAUUUUAGGUUUCCUUUUUUUCUGAAAAAUAGCCUAACCUGGGCUGUAAAAAGGGAAAAAAUAGCUCUUCAGAAAGUCGCGGAGAAAUCAGUACAUAACCUUCGAAUUGUACAUGAAUGAAACGGUCAUCUAGAAAUUUUUUGCCGUCCUCUAGUAAUAUAAAAUUCUAGGCAAUAUUUGCUUCUCAGAAAAGAUAAUUUACAGAAAACUGUCGUUGGGUGCCCCUGAAAAAUCUCGAGUAAACGUUUUGGUUUUGUCGUAGUUGUACAUACGUAAUAGACCGUGAAUGUACAGCAGUUAAAAGCGUUGCAAUAUUUUAAGCUAGGUAUGUGAAAGGGGUACCAUCUGUCAAUAGAAGGCAUACGAAAGGGCUACCUUUUCUAUCAAAAAUUGUAUAUAAAAAGGUGAUAGGGUGGACCUAGGGGCGGAGCUUUCCCGUCAUAAGACUUUGUUGAGUAGCUCACCCCGGGACGUUUUCUAACAAUCUUAACUUUACUUUAAAAUACAUGGGAUGUUGCAAUUUAAAUUUGUGCCCCGCAAAAGUAAUACUUUGGUUUUUGUUUUUCGUUGGCGUACAGUAGUACGAAUUAAAAUUUUCUUUGCUUAACAUUGUUCUGGCAUUAUACAGUCAAAACCCGCUUUACGUACACCUGCUUAAUACUAACACCUCCUUAUGAUGGACAGUUUGACUACCCGCUUAACACGGACACUUUCUAUGACCCCCUCAGUUUCCGUAUUAACUGGCCUGGUUUGACUGUAUUUCUAAUCUAUAGAUCGUCAGCCCCCAACGUUGACGUGUCCUCAAGCUCUCUUAACAGCUGAAACAACUAAAGGGAAGGCGACUGGAAAGGUGUCGUGGAAAAUCCACGUGACAGACAAUUCUGUUAUUGUGAAUCCCAAUGCAAAGAUCAAUGUGACCUCAAGUCAUCAACCUUCGCAAGAAUUUCCUAUUGGUGUGACUGAAGUUUUUGUUACUGCUAGUGAUUGCACCGGAAAUGUGGCGUCUUGCAGGUUUCGCGUUGACAUCAGAGGUUAAUAUUUACAUUUAAAGAGACCUAUAUUUACUUCAGCGUGUAAUAUUCAGUAUUCAAUAGCUCACGUUCGAUAUAUCAAAAUUCUAACACGACUCCGAGGCUUUUGGGUCAAAAUUGCAAAUUUUUCACGAUUCCAUUGUCUCGUAAUUCCCAAAGGAGAGACUUGGGCACACCCAACAAACCAAAUAUAAAAAUAUGAUUAGAAAGCCUUUGAGUGCAGUCAUGUUAGAAUUUUGAAAUAUGGAACGUGGGAAAAUCGUGUUAUUCUUAUGUAAGAAGCAUCAUUUUUAUGUGAAAAACAGAAAGGUAUGUAACAGAACAAGCUCAACUUCAGGGCCUGGUUUCGGAAAGGCCGAUUAGCACAAAUCAAGGCUCAAAUUUUUGUUCCCUUUUUGGUAUUUUACCUUUUUAUGUAUUCCCUAAUUGUGAGUCGCAUUUUGUGCCUUCAUUAUUGAAUUUCCGAGUAAAGGCUUAACAGUAUUUUGAAAGCAUUUUGCUUUAUUCUGAGUCAGUGCAGGGGCGGAUCUAGGGGGAGGGUGCAGGGGGUGCGCACCCCCCACCCCCACUGAGAUGACCUGCGGUUUUCUAAUACAACUGGUAUUCCAACGAGAGACCCUGGGAACGAGGUUGGAUGAGAGACCCUGGGAACGAGGUUGCUGGUAUUCUGCAAAAAAAAAAAAACUAUGUGGUUUAUUGGUGUUGAAGUAGAGCAAGAGACGAGUGCACCCCCUCCUUAAAAAAAUCGUGGAUCCGCCCCUGCAGUGUCACAAUCGUAACUCGCUUCCAUUCAACGGGCUAAGUACAAAACCGUAAAUCGUCUAUGACAAAUGAGUACUAUAAUUGCCACUAUCCUGGAAAAAGGUAUAUGUUUUGAUUUAUUAUCAACAUUUAUCGGCCUUAGCAAUUUUAGAUCUUCUAUAUUCACGUUUGUCUUUUUAACUUUCGCAUCACCUGGAAGAUUUUGUAGCAGGCUAUCGCCUAUAACCCCUCUUCCAAACCGUGUAAUUUAUGUCUGUGGGAGAAAUAUUUUCUAAUCUGUAAGCCCCAUUGAGCACUCUGACAUCAGUUCUGCAUCAGCUGAAAUCAAGUAUUUUUAUUUUUAUGUACUUUCCUGAAGGUGAAGGGAACUUCAUAUCUACUUAAUCGAUAAUUUGAAGAAUGCUUUUAGGAAAAGGAAAUAACCAAUCCCCCAUAGGAUUCUUCAAUCCCGUAAUCCCGUCCCAGAACUUUGUGCGAUCCCGUAAUCCCGCGAGUUAUUUUUGGCAUUCCACUUUCCACGCAUAUACUUUCGAUCCCGAAUCUCGUUCCGAUUAUGCUUUAAAAUCCAGAAUCCCGAACCCCGAGUUUCAAAUAGGGGAAAUCCCGUGUCCCGAAAAACUUGUUAGGAACCUUCAUUUCUGUUAUAAUUUGUUUUUCAAUUGUAUUUAAUCGUAGAUACUGAACCACCCACGUUUAGCCAAUGCCCGGGGGACAUUGUGCGUGAAGAGAAAACCAUUCAUGCAAGAGUGAACUGGGCGGAGCCAGUGUUCUCUGAUAAUUCGGGCCAGGUUGUCUCUGUUGUUUCAAACAUACAAAAUGGAACUAGCCUUUCUGUUCCUGGUGUCUAUUAUGUUGUAUAUACCGCAUCGGAUGGAUCCAACAACAAGAACGAAAACUGCACUUUCAAAAUAACAUUGAACAGUAAGUUACUAUCAAGUGAAACCAUUUUUAUCAAUUACUAAUUUUUGAUUGAAAGCUUUUGACAGGUGCGGACAUUUCUUGCUUGCUUAGUAUUUUAUACUAACGAGCUUGGGUCUUGCAAGCUGAAACAGAGGGAUAAUUUUGAAACUUAAUAAUUUUAUAUUGUUAACAAGACGUGUUUUGGCAGGCUUCGUCUAUGUUUACCCUCUAUCAGAAACGCCAAUUUAUUUACCCAAACAAAGUAAACACACAAACUUGCUAAUUUCCUUCAUUCUAAAUUUUUGAUCGCAUGAAAUGUCACGUGACCACAAUUAAAUGUUAAAGCAUGAAGAAUACAUCAAGGUUUACUUUUGGUGGAAAAAAAACUCUGGUCUCAAAGUGUCAGAUUUUAGUCUUGUAGCUUUCCACUGUAUCGCACAGUCUUCAUCAGCAUAGGGGAGACAGCUAGGGCUCUACGGAAGAGAUUGGGCAAACAUUAAAAACAAACAACCUCCGCAGAUCCGCAGAACCCUGAAAUCAGCUGGGGGGGAGGGCAGGGGGUAAGAUCCUUGACCAAAAGACGUUGGACAUUAAAAGAAAAAUCAAGGAAGUCAUCCAUAUCAGACGGAAGCGCCCAGUCCUAAACAGAGAUGGGGGCUAAGAAAUUCCCGCGAUUUUAACCUUUUGUUGUCACGUGACUAAUUCACGUGACAACACUGAGCGUUUAUCACUGAAAAGCUACACGAAGAUACAAGACUAAAAUCUGAGACUUUAUUCUUUCAAAUACCAGUCAUCUGACCAGUACUGUUAGGAAAUGAUGAAAUUGACGUAUCCUUAUUGUUGUAGACUGCAUCAUUUCCAAGGAAUCUGAAAGGAGACAGAAAACGGUUUUCUACGAUUUUCUUAAUAAAAAACAGUUGUUUCAAAAUCAGUGACGAGGUCAAAAGUUUAUACGACUAUUCGUAUAUCUACCUAAAAUCCAUUUCAUUUUUGCCAACCAUAAUGUUAAACGUUCAGAGGGAUACAAGUUCUGUUGUGCCUCUUGCCUUCACAGAAAAGCAGUGUACUCCUUUUACUCCUCCUCGUAACGGUGCCCUGGUGUGUGCAACGAAAAGUAACACUUGCGCAGUCAUGUGUCGAACUGGUACCGAUUUUGAAUCUAACCCACCGUUUCUGUAUUACUGUUCGAGUGGAGUGUGGAAGUUAUUUUCGCUUUUCCCUUCUUUUAAAGCAGGUACUCCCGGGCCAAACUGUGCUGGUAAGUCUCUAAAUGUUCGCGAUACAUUAUUUUAUUUGUAUUUCCCUUGAAUGAAGUGGCAAUGUCACGAAAAUAUAUUUUGUGGUGAGGUAAAAACUUGGUGUCUUCAAUCAUACACAAAAUGCUCCUUUAGAGUUAUGGACAGGAUAUGAAACAACGUUCAUCACGAAGCACUAACCAUUAUAAAUGUUUUGGGGAUUUUUAGGUCAAUUUUUGCAAGUUUCAAUUUAUGUCCAUCCUUGUCACCCUUUGCAACAGAGGACAGGAAACAGUUCCAAUGCCUGAAUAUAGUCUUAAACAACAAAACUAGGCCAUUAUUUUUGGAAUUAAAUUCAUGUGAAGACAGUUCUUAGCUUUUUUAAAAAGAUAGCGAAUAGCCUUUAACGCUCAUUUAUUAUUUACAAGGCUAUUUAUUAAGCCAAUCGGAAUGUCCCGUUUUGGUCGGCCUCAUACAGCUAUUUCGAGAAAGGUUGUCGGAAAAAAUGUGCACGCAACAAUCCCGAAUGGUAAUAUGGGAUAUGAUCAAUACACUGUUCCUGACGACUGUAGCUGUCUAACCUGUUGUAGCCUGCGAGCAAGCUCUCCUAUUUGGGCGAGCGAAGCAAGCCUCGCGAGAACGCGCGAGCGAGGGGCCGAAGAAAGAAGAGCUUGCAACGAUCUUUCUUAAAUUUUCAUUUCCACCCCUGAAAGGGGACUCCUCAAAAGGGUGAAACCGGUCACCGCGUGCCUCAGAUUAGAAAAGUUACAACCGCCUGUCAAGUUGAGACAGCCAAGGGAGCGUAGAAUUAUUUAUUUAUAAAUCGCUUUCGCAACAGCAUCAAAGCAAUGUUUUUAAUCACUGAUAUGCUUUAUUUUCCACGGAGACAUCGAACUUCAACGUGUCCGCUCGGAUGAAAACUCAAUGCUUUGAUUUUCGUUUCGUGUACUUUUGAAAAGUCAUUCGUACUGCAGUGCAGCAGACGACUCCCCGUAGCAAUCACCAACAAAAACAUUAUACAUUUGUCCGUUCCAGAAAUGGAGAACAGCGUUUUCCCGGAUUGGUUCUCUUAAGUUGUACUCCAGCUGCCACCAACUCUUUGUCUUGUCCUUCUUUACGGUCAAGCUACACAGCUACACUGUCAAGUACAUGUUUCUGAAUUUUUCUACCCAGUGGAAUCCAAUCGGGUGAAGAAACUGACGUUGGAAAGCAGCGCUUGAACCGGGCUCUUGAAUCUCUCUCAUCACUUUCACUCUUCUCGUUUUCAGAACUAAACAAGGCGCUUGACACAAACGAAUACAACUGAUGAAGAGUUUUCAUUUUCCUUCCACAAGAACUACAAAUUCGCUGCGACUUAUCCUCGGCUCGCAAUAUUCUCUUUGCGAGAACUAAAUAAAACAAGCUCCCUCGUCUGCUUUCAGGGCUGAAACAAGUUCUCGGUACCAAUCUGAUCCCCCUGAGAACCAAACUUGUCGAACAGACGAAGCGGGUGCCAGCUUGGCCUGUUAUCAAUCAACUUUGUUUUCCGUUUAUUGAAUCACUUAAAUAAAGGAUAAAGUUCUUUUUAUGGGGAUUUUUCCUUACUUUUGCCUUUUUCUAAAACCUUGUUGUAGUUGGUGUAAAUUCUCAGAUGAAGGUCUUUCCACAUUUCUACUUUGAUGGAGAUGCGCCUAACGUUCAGGACACAAUAAAGGAUAACUUCUACCAGUUGUUAAUGUCACCGUAUGUUCCGCCUUUAUUCUGCAAGUUUUCCCCCCAUUUAUGCUUGAAGAAUGACAUGUCUGUUUCUCUUGGAAUCAAAGGUAAAUGUUAG